GAUUCGUUUUAUUUUAAUUCAAAAUCGGGCUGGCAAAACCCGGCUAGCUAAGUGGUACAUGAAUUUUGAUGAUGAUGAAAAACAAAAAUUGAUUGAAGAAGUUCAUGCAGUUGUUACCGUUCGUGAUGCUAAACAUACGAACUUUGUGGAGUUUCGUAAUUUCAAAAUAGUAUAUCGACGGUACGCUGGACUGUACUUUUGCAUUUGUGUAGAUGUUAAUGAUAACAAUUUAUGUUAUCUUGAAGCGAUUCAUAAUUUUGUUGAAGUAUUAAACGAAUACUUUCACAAUGUCUGCGAAUUAGACCUAGUAUUCAACUUUUACAAGGUGUAUACUGUCGUAGAUGAGAUGUUUUUAGCAGGAGAAAUACGAGAAACCAGUCAAACAAAAGUAUUGAAACAAUUGUUAAUGUUGAAUUCAUUAGAGUAA